AGAUCUUAUCAAACUAGGUUUCAAUUAAAAAUAUUACUAGCCUUGAAACACACCCCAUACAGACGAUGGGACUUUAAAAUGGAAAUUUAAUGCUUGAGUGCUUAAAUUGACACAUGGUUUCAUAGAAGCUUUCAGCAGAUAAGAGCAUAUAGCCGAACUCAACAUUGAAUGGGGGCUUGUAGAGGCUGCUCUAUAUAUAGAUAUGACGAUGGACAGUCUAACCAGAAAGCUAAAGCCAAUUUUUGGUCUCAAAGGUUAUCAAAGUGAAUUACUUCCGCCAAUUUUUGAUUUGUAGAAAUACAUAAGUGGAUUGGGAAAUCGAAAACUAAAUGGAUUAGCCGUUCAAGAGACUCAAAGCGACCAAAAUGAGUCGGGGGCAGGGACACACUUAAAAAUUGAGCCAAGAGAUAUACAAUUGAGUAUCUUUAUAUGCUAAUAAAUGCCAGAACAUUUCCUUAAAAUGGGUCAAAAGAGUCCCCCAUCCGUUGGCGAAGACUCUGAUGUUGUAAUGCCCCCAGAAACUCAUUUGUCGAAGGGGACUUCAGCGCCGCCCCUUCCAUAGCCAGGCGACCAAGUGAUCGAUUGACACGAUCAAAGCGCUGAUAUGUAAUGGAAUAGACACUCGAAUGAAUGGCACUGGCGACGAGUCCCAAGCUUGGGGCUCUAUGUGCCUCGAUCCGACUCACAGAUACCAGCAAUCUGUGCUGGUGUGGAUCCUACAUAAAUAUUCAUGCUGCCGCUGGCUAAAUGCAAAUGUAUUGAAAAUUGCUCGCCUUCAAUGAAUUUGAGUUCUGCUCAAGCUCUAGAGUUUUGAGGCUCGGACAGCCCAGUGUUAUUCGCAAUCCAGCAGUUGUCGCGAUCGGAAGCAAAUCGGAAAAUCUCCCUUGGAAUCCUAUAACACACAGGCGAAGAAGUAUGUGCUCAAGGAAUAUACUCCGAAGCAAGGACUUAUAGUUCUGUGGAUAAAGGAUAAAUUCAGAAAUAAACUUAAAGACGGAUUAAGAUAAUCCAACUUAACAACAGUGAUCUGCUCAAAGUUAGAAUCCGUUUUUGAAUUUUAACUUCAGAAAAAUGUGUCUCUUAAAGUUUGUGCUGUGCUGUGACUGUUAAAAUAAGUUUAAAAAGCUUAUUAUUUUAAUAUAUGAAAUAAUCGAAAAUGGUGUAACGAUAAAAAAUCUAUUAUCCUUAUCCUUUUAUGGCAUGUGUACUUAUUCAAGAUAUCCUUUAAGGACGAACAUUUGUUUAAUUAAAAAAAGCUAAACAAAAAAAAAUGAAAGUGACAAAACUUAAAAGUGAGAGAUAGUAAAAGGAUAAUAUCUUUUGAAUUCCUUUUAAUUGUUUUCCCAUUCCCAAGAUAAGCUUCAAGGACGGAAGCAUUUAUUUUUAAAAAGUAUUAAUAAAAACUAAUCUGCCUUAGUGAUUACAUCAUUUCUAAAACUGAAAUACAUCUCAAGAUCUAUUGCUUUUUUGGCAUCUAACAGCAUCGUGCGUGCUCAUUUAAAAGAAAAGUGAUAACCCCUGAAAGUGACGGACAAGAAAACACAGAGAAGGAGUAUAAACUAACAAUAACACGCACGUAUAUAAUGUGUUGAUAAUACAAUUUAAUUUCAUCUUACAGUUUGCUGGCUGUGUUGCGACGACGUCGACGCAUUUCAAUUGGAUUCAGAGUUUGAUUUAUUGAAAUGUUGCCCUUUCGCUUGGGCCUGCUACUUGGCGCCGUGCUUCUAGUGGCAAGCGCAAAUGGAGCUGCCAUCGAAAAUGUGUCAACAAUCGAAGAUGAGGUUACUGGUCUGACCGAUUUGCAAAGAGAUAAAAGAAGCGGCAGAGGCUAUUCAAGGGGACAAACCCAGUCUCAGUACUUAAAUUUCGGUAAGCCCGAACAGGAUGGAAAGGCCGAGGCGGAGGCCAACGAAAAUGGAUCUCGCUCAACUGUCUCUGGCACCCAUGGAAUGGGUCAGGCCCAAAGUCAGUUCUCGUCCGGAGACUGCAACGGGUGUUCUGGCUACCAAACGGAUUACCCUUCCUCCGGUAGAAUUCUGGAUGCAAGUGGGUCGGCUGGAGGCGGCAGACCCGAUUCAAUUAUAAGCCUACCCGGUGCAGGUCAAGGUACCCUAGGAGGAGUGGGAGUGGGAGGACAACCAGGAAUUGGUGGUCAGCUGGGAAUUGGAGGACAGCCAGGAAGUGGCGGACAACAGGGUGUUGGUGGCUCUCAGCCUGGAUACGGAGCUCAACCUGGAGUAGGCGGACAGACAGGAAUCGGUGGCGCACUACCAGGAUACGGAAGUCAGCCUGGAGUUGGCGGGCAGACAGGAGUCGGUGGAGGACAACCAGGAUACGGAAGUCAGCCUGGAGUUGGCGGACAGACAGGAGUCGGUGGAGGACAACCAGGAUACGGAAGUCAGCCUGGAGUAGGCGGACAGACAGGAGUCAGUGAAGGACAUCCAGGAUACGGAAGUCAGCCUGGAGUUGGAGGACAGACAGGAGUCAGUGGAGGACAACCAGUAUACGGAAGUCAGCCUGGAGUUGGCGGACAGACAGGAGUCGGUGGAAGACAACCAGGAUACGGAAGUCAGCCUGGAGUUGGCGGACAGACAGGAGUCGGUGGAGGACAACCAGGAUACGGAAGUCAGCCUGGAGUAGGCGGACAGACAGGAGUCAGUGAAGGACAUCCAGGAUACGGAAGUCAGCCUGGAGUUGGAGGACAGACAGGAGUCAGUGGAGGACAACAAGUAUACGGAAGUCAGCCUGGAGUUGGCGGACAGACGGGAGUCAGUGGAGGACAACCAGGAUACGGAAGUCAGCCUGGAGUAGGCGGACAGACGGGAGUCAGUGGAGGACAUCCAGGAUACGGAAGUCAGCCUGGAGUUGGAGGACAGACAGGAGUCAGUGGAGGACAACCAGUAUACGGAAGUCAGCCUGGAGUUGGCGGACAGACAGGAGUCGGUGGAGGACAACCAGGAUACGGAAGUCAGCCUGGAGUAGGCGGACAGACAGGAGUCAGUGGAGGACAACCAGUAUACGGAAGUCAGCCUGGAGUUGGCGGACAGACAGGAGUCGGUGGAGGACAUCCAGGAUACGGAAGUCAGCCUGGAGUUGGAGGACAGACAGGAGUCAGUGGAGGACAACCAGUAUACGGAAGUCAUCCUGGAGUUGGCGGACAGACAGGAGUCGGUGGAGGACAACCAGGAUACGGAAGUCAGCCUGGAGUAGGCGGACAGACAGGAGUCAGUGGAGGACAUCCAGGAUACGGAAGUCAGCCUGGAGUUGGAGGACAGACAGGAGUCAGUGGAGGAAAACCAAUAUACGGAAGUCAGCCUGGAGUUGGAGGACAGACAGGAGUCAGUGGAGGACAACCAGUAUACGGAAGUCAGCCUGGAGUUGGCGGACAGACGGGAGUCAGUGGAGGACAUCCAGGAUACGGAAGUCAGCCUGGAGUUGGAGGACAGACAGGAGUCAGUGGAGGACAACCAGGAUACGGAAGUCAGCCUGGAGUAGGCGGACAGACAGGAGUCAGUGGAGGACAUCCAGGAUAUGGAAGUCAGCCUGGAGUUGGAGGACAGACAGGAGUCAGUGGAGGACAACCAGGAUACGGAAGUCAGCCUGGAGUAGGCGGACAGACAGGAGUCAGUGGAGGACAUCAAGGAUACGGAAGUCAGCCUGGAGUUGGAGGACAGACAGGAGUCAGUGGAGGACAACCAGUAUACGGAAGUCAGCCUGGAGUUGGCGGACAGACAGGAGUCGGUGGAGGACAUCCAGGAUACGGAAGUCAGCCUGGAGUUGGAGGACAGACAGGAGUCAGUGGAGGACAACCAGUAUACGGAAGUCAGCCUGGAGUUGGCGGACAGACAGGAGUCGGUGGAGGACAACCAGGUUUUGGCUCUCAACCUGGUGUUAGUGGCCAGACAGGAAUCGGAGGCGGACAACCCACAAUGGAAGGUCCGCUUGGCAAGUUAUCUGGAUAUGGAUAUGGAACUCAACCUGGAGUUGGUGGACAGACAGAAGUCGGAAGCGGUCAACCUGGAUAUAGAACUCAGCCAGGAGUGGGUGGACAAACGGGAGUUGGCGGAGAACAACCAUGGUAUGGAGCUCAACCUGGAGUUGGUGGAUCUCCAGGAUAUGGAACUCAACCAGGAGUCGGAGGCGUUCAACCAGGAUACGGAACUCAACCAGGAGUUGGUGUAUCUCCUGGAUACGGACCUCAGUCAGGAGUGGGUGGUCAGACAGGAGUUGGUGGCGGACAGCCAGGAGUUGGUGGAUCGCCAGGAUAUGGAACUCAACCAGGAGUCGGAGGCGUUCAUCCAGGAUACGGAACUCAACCUGGAGUAGGUGGAUCUCCAGGAUACGGACCUCAGCCUGGAGUGGGUGGUCAGACAGGAGUUGGUGGCGGACAACCAGGCUUCGGAACUCAGCCUGGAGUUGGUGGAUCUCCAGGAUACGGACGUCAGACAGGAGUUGGUGGCGGACAGCCAGGAGUUGGUGGAUCGCCAGGAUAUGGAACUCAACCAGGAGUCGGAGGCGUUCAACCAGGAUACGGAACUCAACCAGGAGUUGGUGCAUCUCCUGGAUACGGACCUCAGUCAGGAGUGGGUGGUCAGACAGGAGUUGGUGGCGGACAGCCAGGAGUUGGUGGAUCGCCAGGAUAUGGAACUCAACCAGGAGUCGGAGGCGUUCAACCAGGGUACGGAUCUCAACCUGGAGUGGGUGGACAAACUGGAGUCGGCGGAGGACAACCUGGCUUCGGAACUCAACCUGGAGUUGGUGGAUCUCCAGGAUACGGAACUCAGCCCGGAGUGGGUGGUCAGAUAGGAGUUGGUGGCGGACAGCCAGGAGUUGGUGGAUCGCCAGGAUAUGGAACUCAACCAGGAGUCGGAGGCGUUCAACCAGGGUACGGAUCUCAACCUGGAGUUGGUGGAUCUCCAGGAUACGGACGACAGACAGGAGUGGGUGGUCAGACAGGAGUUGGUGGCGGACAGCCAGGCAUCGGAACUCAACCUGGAGUUGGUGGAUCGCUAGGAUAUGGAACUCAACCAGGAGUCGGAGGCGUUCAAACAGGAUACGGAUCUCAACCUGGAGUGGGUGGACAAACUGGAGUCGGCGGAGGACAACCUGGCUUCGGAACUCAACCUGGAGUUGGUGGAUCUCCAGGAUACGGAACUCAGCCCGGAGUGGGUGGUCAGAUAGGAGUUGGUGGCGGACAGCCAGGCUUUGGGACUCAACCUGGUGUUGGUGGAUUGCCAGGAUAUGGAACUCAACCAGGAGUCGGAGGCGUUCAAACAGGAUACGGAUCUCAACCUGGAGUUGGUGGACAGUCAGGAGUCGGAGGCGGACAACCCGGAGUAGGUGGAUUGCCUGGAUAUGGAAUUCAGCCAGGAGCAGGCAGCCAACCGGGAUACGGAUCUCAGCCUGGAAUUGCCAGUACGACAGGCCCUGGAGUUGGUCAGCCAGGGUAUGAAACCCAGACAGGUCAAGUUGGAGCACCUGGACGCUACACAGAUGGCACAGGAGUUGUUUCUGGUGGUGUGGGAGGCACUGGUGGUGUUGGAGGCACAGGUGGCGUUGGAGGCACUGGUGGAGUUGUUCCUGUAGGCGCUGGUGGAGCUGACGACGCCUACUCCCAAGCCGAAUCUACUAUUGGCGAUGGACAGGCUUCGGCGAGUGCUCAGGGCCAGAAGAACGGAGGCACGGCAAAGACCCAGGUGUCUGGAACAUACAGCUCGGGCGGAACCUUUAGCGCCAGUGCGAUGACAUCGGAUGCGGAUCGCGCGGCCAGUGCCCAGGUCACCGGAAACGCCGAUGGCGCCGUGAGUCAGUCGCAGGGAUCAGGAGGUCCAGCCCAGUCGCAGGCCCAGGUGCAGGUGGCCAAGGACGGCGGCACCAAGGCCUCAUCGCAGAGCGGUGGUAUUAUCCAACAGAGCCAGAGCGAGGUGCAUGCAAACGACAAGGGUGGUCUUGCGGAUGCCCAGUCAAGCGGACCUGGACAAACGUCAUCCCAAGCUCAGAUCGGCUUCCGUCCCGGUCAGGAGGCCAAUCCGCCAGCGGCCAAUGGGGGUGGCCAGGCCUCGUCCUCAUCUGGUACCCACUCAAGUCAGAGUAGCUCCCAGAUUCACGGAACCUCCAGCUUUGGCGUUUCGUACCAUGGUGCUGCACAAUCCGCGUCUGGAACCAAGGAGCAGGUGGCGACUUACAGGGAACAAAACCGGGAACUCUUUAACACCAUCAGUCAGUUCGGCAACAAUGGCAAUGCAGUUACUGAUCGUGCUGAUACUGUCUACAGUGGACCAUCGCUCACUGAAGAAUCCGACAGUGUGCCAGAAGUCCAGUUAAAGUCAAACAAGCCCAAAGAAGCUGAGCAGGCUGAAAGCAAGGUAGACCAGCCAGAGCCCAUUCAUUACGAGGACGAUACCGAGGAAUACGAUGACGAUGAGUACUACAACGAGAAACCAGUGAAAAUAGAGGAAAGCCCCAAGUCGGAUAGCAUUGUUAGGCAGCUAGAACCGACUCCGAAACCCAAGGUCUACGAACAGUCAUCGCCCUCGCAAAGUCAAAAGGCGGUCGUGGCACCGGGAUCAAGUGAUAAGUUCCAAGUGGUCCAAAAGCAGAACGGUAAAGUCAUCACCCAUACUGAACCUUCGACCACCGAAGCCGUACCUCCAGGAUUCCGAGGCACCGUCAAUGUGGAAAAGAAGUUCCACACCAAGGCUCUGGAGUUGCCAACUCCCAGUAGGGUGGAGAUUACUCCCGAUGCCAAAGAAGAGGGUCCGGUUCGAGGUGACAAGCCGAUUCGACGUGCUCCGGACAGUUAUGUCACCGUCACCAAGUCGGUGACCGGCAGCAUGGACAACAGCAAGAGUCCUCCUCAAGAGAACAAGAACUUCCAGUCCACAUACUAUACAAAGUCCUCGACUUGCGGCUACUUCACCUUUUCCUGCAACAUUGUUUACGGUCCCAAUGGAAGGAACAAAAUCUGCCGGCCCAAGGCACCUACCAAUGGCAAGUGCUAGGGGGUCAUAUUUUAAAACUCCCAUGCGCCAGCUAUAUUAUAAAUAAUAGAUCAGUUCCAAAGGGGCUCAAUUGUAGAACAGCUUAACCAACUGCCAUCUACAAACACCAAUUUGUAUUUUGAUGCAGCUUGACCCAAAGCAUUUAAGUGUUUUUCGCAUGUAAUUUUAGAUUUCACUGUCAUUUCUUAAAUAUUUUGUACGAUUUGCCACUGUAAUUAAUAUUUAAUAACAAAUCACAAAAAAA